UCAUUCUUCAUUGAUAGGGUGAAGAAAAGGAUUCCGAUUGCUCGGAUGGUGAAAACAGUAGGCUAAUAAGCUCAGCUUCUGUAAACUCUAAAAGUCAAGAAGAUGAUGAGGAAGAGAAAAGACGGAAAACAGAAACAAAAAGAGCCACCAGGCCCUACAAUAAAAAAGGAUAUAAAACAUCGGAUCAUGAUGAAUUCAUUGCACAAAAUUUUAAAUUGGCCUGCUCUUUAUGUGAGACAUCUUUGAAAACUUUUCGAGAAUUAAAAACUCAUUAUCGCCAAGAGCAUCAAACCAAUGGCUAUGCUAAGUGUUGUGGUAAAAAGUUGUACAGUCGAGGCGUUCUCGUUGACCAUAUUCACGUUCAUAAUAAUUCCGAAUACUUCAAGUGUCAACUUUGUGGAAAAGUAGUAUGCGAUCGAAGCAGUCUCGCAUCACAUUUACAGUAUUCUCAUUCCAAAGAUCGUACUAUAUACAGAUGUAAAAUAUGUUCCAAAGGUUUUUACCGACCCAAAGUUCUUGCACGGCAUUACUUUAUACACGCACCCGAAGAAAAGAGAAAUGUGAAGUGCACUCAGUGUGAGAAAACAUUCUGCAAUCAGUACACUAUGAAACAACAUCUAAAUCUGAGCCAUCUCAAUUUAUAUGCCAAAAUUUGUGAUAUUUGUGGCAAAUCACUGAACGGCAACGAAAACUUUCAACGGCAUCAGGAAGAGCAUGCUGGUGUGCAACAACCAUUGGAGAAAUGUAAAAUAUGCAAUGUGGAGGUAAAGUCGAAGUAUAAUCUGGCGAGACAUAUGAAAUUGAUGCACACCGAAAAGUAUCAAACACCGCAGACCUGUCCAGUUUGCUCUAAAGUAUCUCCCACGCUACGGGCGCAUAAAAGACAUAUGAAAUAUGAGCAUAGCGGGGAAAGUCACGUUUGCAAUGUUUGUGACAAAGCAUUUAAAUUGGCUUAUUCUUUAAAGGAACAUAUGACCACACACACCGGAGAAAUAUUGUAUACUUGCACAUUCUGCCCUAAAACUUUCAACUCCAGAUCGAAUAUGUAUACACAUCGUAAGCAAAAACAUCCAAAGGAGUGGACUGAAAAAUGUGCAAAGCAAAUUAUUUCAACAAGAAUGGUGCAGCAGGCUCAAAACUAGUUGAUAUCGACAGGAGAAUAACUUUUUCUUAAUAUGACCAUAAAAACUUAAUUACAAAAUGGGAAAGGGGUAACAAAAAAUUAAUAUAAAAUAAGCGCCAUGUUGCUGAAAAAGGUUCCAGGCGAUGUUAUUUAAUUUAAAAAAUAUUAUAAAAAUAUAUAUACGUACAUAUGUAUUUAAAUAUUAUGAGUUAACAGAAAUAAACUUAAGACCAUGGAGCAAAUAGAAUAGAAUACAAUUUUAUACAAAAAGCAAAAACAAACUACUCUUGGCUGUUUUCCAAAAUAAAUAUUUGAAAUUUGUAAAAAAAAAAAAAAAAAUUUGCAAACAAUGAGCUGUCCAAGAUCUAC